AAGUCUUGUUGAAUUAUCACUAUAUUCACUUGCCUAUUUAAGCGUUAACGUUGUAAAAUAGCGUUUAUGCGUCUUUAUAUAAUUGAAAAUUAUCAUUAUUUACACAGUCUAAUCUCCCAACUGGCAAAUCCUUGUUCGACCCACUGUAACUUCCACCGGCGAGAGAGAAAAAACCUGAAGAAAUUGAGUUAAAGAACGGAAACCUCAUCACUAAUAGAACAUUUUGUGCCCAUAAUUAAUUUAAAAAAUGCUUAAAAGUACUUCGACAUUAGUUAGUUUGUUUCCUGUUUGGAAGGGAUUUAGACCUCCUCUUCCUCCAUUCGCAAAUGCCAACAACAACAGCCGUCGAAGGAACAGGAGAGUGCACUCAGGUCUGACAAGUGGCAAGCAUUAGAAAACUUUCUUUUUAACCUGAAGCUCAAUUCCUCCGGUCCUUUGGGAUCAUGGCUAAAGAUGCUGGUCUGAUUGAAGCAAAUGGAGAGCUGAAGGUUUUCAUCGAUCAGAAUCUGAGCCCCAGCAAAGGUGUCCUUUCCUUGGUCACUGUCCAGCCUACAGCAGCCCCCUUGGCAAAACAGCUACUUCCCAAAACCCUUGGUCCAUCCAAUGUGAACGUUGCUGCACACAUGCAACAUUUGCCUCACAUGGUGAUUGGAACACCCCAGAGGCCUACAGUAUCAAAUACCAUUUUGGUAAACAGUCCACAUACACCAAGCUCCCAGUUUCUUACUCAGACUCAGCCAGCUGAUGCUUCUCCUUGGUCAUCAGGGAAACGAGGUAAAAAAGGGGAAAAGAAUGGAAAGGGCUUAAGACAUUUCUCCAUGAAAGUGUGUGAGAAAGUGCAAAAGAAAGGAGUAACUACAUACAAUGAAGUUGCAGAUGAGCUGGUGGCAGAAUUCAGCUCUUCAGAUAACCACAUGUCACCCAAUGACUCGCAUGUGUAUGACCAGAAGAACAUUCGGCGGCGCGUUUACGAUGCACUCAAUGUUCUCAUGGCUAUGAACAUCAUCUCUAAAGAGAAAAAAGAAAUCAAAUGGAUCGGCUUGCCCACCAACUCAGCACAAGAGUGCCAAAACCUUGAGGUGGAAAGACAAAGGAGGCUGGAGAGGAUUAAACAGAAACAAUCACAGCUUCAGGAACUCAUACUGCAGCAAAUAGCUUUUAAGAACCUGGUUCAGCGGAACAGGCAGACAGAGCAGCAGGCAAACAGAUCUCCACCUCCUAACUCGAUCAUCCACCUUCCCUUCAUCAUUGUCAACACCAGCAAGAAAACUGUCAUUGACUGCAGCAUCUCUAAUGACAAGUUUGAGUAUUUGUUCAACUUUGACAGCAUGUUUGAGAUCCACGAUGACAUUGAGGUGCUGAAACGCAUGGGCAUGGCCUGUGGUUUGGAGGUGGGAAAGUGUUCUCCAGAGGAUUUGAAGGUUGCACGGAGCCUGGUGCCAAAAGCUCUGGAGCCAUACGUUAUAGAGAUGGCAAAGGGUCCUAUCAGUAAUGUCUACAUCACUGGCGGAUCAUCUGCUAAUGGAGCACGCUACCCCACAAGUGAUGGUUGCACUGAUGGCACCAUGGCUUCUAGCUCAAAUGACUCUCACUACAGUGGGUCUCGUGUGGAGACUCCAGUGUCGUACAUGGGGGAUGACGACGAUGAGGAUGAGUUCGAUGAGAAUGACGAUGAAGACUAAGUUGUCUACGCCUCACCGCUCCAACAAGCACAGUCCCUCAAACCACCUUCACCGUGGGAGUCAAAUCCUCUUUUGUGUGUUUCUUCAACCUUUCCCCUGUUCCCCAUGCCUGUAUUUCUCUCUGGCUUACUCAGGGGUGUAGUUGAAUAUUGGAAAAAAAACAGGUGUGUGUAUUGCACCCAGUCCUUAUCUGCUCCUGAAUCACGUGCACCUGCACCACAGUUCUCCAGGAGGUCUCAUCCAGCUGAUCUGUGGUCCAGCCACCACACUGAAGUCUUUGUAUGUCUAAUCCACUUCUAAUAAGCCAUCCCACUAAAACAACCUGUACAACCUACUGCUGUUGGAGAAUGUAUAAUGUGCUUGUUUGAACAGUUAUUCCUAUUAUUUUGCAAUUUCAAAUGGCAGACAUGAUGACGAUCAAAAUGUUCCAGGACGGCCAAAGUGUCUGCAUAACGUGCUGUUAGUGCAACACCGUGGGUUCUGAAUGGCCAAAUGCAGUUGCCAUGGCAUCCCAGGAUGGGGCUCCAUCAGAUGUGUUGAUAUUUUGUUUUGUGUUCCGGGCAAUAAUUUGAAAUAGUUUCUUUCCCCCAAUGUGUUGGACUGGCUUCCUUCUGUUCUGUAGGCAGCUGCUUUCCUGAUCUCGUUUGCUAGUUUAUUAUUUUUUUGUAUUCCUGGACUUGACUAAUCUCCGCCCUGUUUAUGCCUUGGUAGUGUUUACAAAAAAAUGGCACCAGCAAGGUAAAGACUUUCACAACCCAGGCUCCUCAUAGGCAAAUAAGCUUUGUUUGUUAAUUACAUAUACAAAUCUACAACGAUUGUAGCUCAUAGUAUCCUUUAGAGGCCAGUGGUUAGACCUUCAGAUAGACUUUCAAAAAUUAUCGAUGUAACAAUGUGUGGUUGUAAAGGUCUUGAUGUAUUCCCUUCAAAGAUCUCCCUUUUAAAACUGAGCAACACAUGUACUGACUCUUCCAAAUACAUUUUCUGUAAUCUAAUAUAAGUUUGCAAAUUAAAUAUAGAUUGUUUUAAUAA